AUUAAAACUGAUUCCCUCUUUAAUCUUGGGGAAGAUCUUCUCAGUCCCUUGGUGUCACUUCUGCAGGAUAGUUCCGCCACUCGCCCAACAAAAUGGAUAUUAAGAAAAUGCCCGAAAAAGAUAAGAAAAUGUCUCUUACCCGGAUGGAGCGGCUUGGAUAUGGCUUUGGUCAUGUACUAAAUGAUCUUUGUUCAUCAAUAUGGUUCACAUAUAGUUUGCUGUUUUACAAUUCUGUCCUUCAGUUCAGCAAUGUUAAUGCAGGAGCUAUAUUACUUAUUGGUCAAAUAGCAGAUGCUGUAUCUACUCCAUUUAUUGGCAUUUUUUCGGACCGAACCAGUUUAUUUUGUUUGUCAAAGUAUGGAAAAAGAAAGUCUUGGCAUCUUUUAGGUUCUGCAUGUGUCCUUGUUGCUAUGCCAUUCAUGUAUUCUCCAUGUAUUGGAUGUGAAGACUUUUCUGAAUGGAAAAAAUUGAUUUAUUAUGGGUUUUUUGUGACAAUUUUUCAAUUUGGUUGGGCUGCUGUGCAAACUGCCCAUUUAGCUUUAGUUCCUGAUUUAUCAUCAGAUGAAAUGGACCGUACUGGGCUGCUGUCGAUAAGAAAUACUUUCACUAUAUUAUCUAAUUUAAUAUCUUAUGCUGUGACAUGGGGGGUGCUUGGAGUAAACGGAGGCUCAGACAAUGUUUCACAUAAAGAUCUCUUUAAGUUUCAAAUUAUAGUAUAUUCAUUAUGUGCUGGAGGUGCUAUUACUUCAUUACUUUUUUAUUUACUUGUACAAGAAAAUAAUGAUGAGCCACCUCUACUUGAAAACGAUGAUUCUAACAGAUCGUCAGAAAGAUUGUCCUUUAAAGACUUAUUUCUAAGAUGGAUACUUUAUCAAGUUGCUCUUGUUUAUACUACCACUAGAGUCUUUGUCAAUGUUAGUCAAUCUUUCAUUGUAUUAUACCUUCAUUCCUACUUGAAUAUGGAGAGUGAAAGUUUAGCAGUCAUACCUUUUGUAAUGUAUGUGGCCAGCUUUCUGUCUUCGUGGAUAUGUAAACCACUAUAUGGAUUCUGUGGGAGGAAGCUUGCUUUCUCAAUUGGUUGCUUACUAGCUGUUGGAGGUUGUAUAUGGAUAUUUUUUGGAUAUGGUGACGUUUAUGUUUCUUAUGGGAUUUAUGGUGUCUCUAUCCUGUAUGGUGCAGCAGUUUCCAUCCUUUUGGUUACAAGUUUGUCAGUUACUGCUGAAAUGAUUGGAGAUGAUGUUGGAAAUAGUGCAUUUGUUUAUGGAAUCAUGAGCUUUGCUGAUAAAUUUUCCUGUGGUGUUAUUAUUAUGAUCAUCCAAGCUAUGGCUCCUAAAGAUUAUCUUCACACCGAUUUUUAUAAGCUAUCUCUUAUCUACGUUUGUGGCGGAGCAGUUGUUAUUGGAUUUUUCAGUGUUCUUACUGUGCGGCUACCUCAAAGGGAAAAUGCUGCACAACAAAACAGCCCAAGUGAAGCAUGAGGUCCCUAAUACUUUAGAAAAAAUUGUUAUUAUUUAUUUUAUUAUCAUAUAUAUCAUAGAAAUGAUAGUGUUUUAUACUUAUAUAUUUCAAUUUUUGGAUUAUCCUUAAUAGAAAGGAUUGUGACUCGGGAAUAUGUACUUAGAUAUUAUUGCCAUUAAUUUACUUGACUUAUAAGUAUUUUGUGUUCUAAUGCAAAACAAAGAAAAAAUGACUGAUGAAAAUAAAUUAUAAUUAUUGUUAAAUCGGGCUGUUUCUGAAUUAUCAAUACUCAGUUUGGUGGUAAGAUAGGUGAUUUUCCAAAGAAAGAAACAUUGACACUUCUUUUAUGUUUUUCUGGGACUGCAGAGUACAUCAACAUAUGAAAAUUAAACUAAACUAUAGACAGAACAUUAAAGUCCUGUAUCUUGAUAAAACAUGUAGUUUUCCUGUUUGUUUAAUAAGGAACUUUUUCAUUAGAUUUAUGGAAUUCAUCACUCUUGUUAAAUUUAAUUCUCUAAAUUUUAGGAUACAUACUCAGGUUCAAAAUUAUUUUUGUGAGGAAUAUUUAAAAAAAAAAAUAAUUGUGAAACCUUUAUUCAUAGUAAAUGAAUGAAACUCAAACUCAAAUUAUAUGUAUUAAUGGAAAUAAGCUUAUUGAUUCAUUAACAAUGUGAUGGAUUUUGUUUUUAAACAAAUGGUAUCUAAUUCCAUCCGUAUAUCUAGUGUUGACGAAACUUAUAUUUUUAUAAUUUUUUUAGUUACAUAAAAGCUGAUAAAAUAAUUAACUGGUUAAAAAAAAUAGGCACAAUAAUGUAUUAAGUACAUUUAGUUCUAAUGCUCAUUUUUUAUCUUGUAAUUUAUUGAGAAAUACUUUGAUCUUUUAUGAAAGAUGUGAAAGAUUUCAGAAUUUUCGCUCAGUUUUUAUUUUAGGUUUAUUUUUGUUAGUAUACGAUAUAAUUAAGUAAAAAUAUUUAAUGAAUUUGUAUGUAUAUAUGUAUAAUUCUUAA